ACCGUUGUACGAUGAAGAAUCGAUUCCUCUUGGCUUUAAUUUUUUUGGUAGUUGCGGUUUUAAUUUCUCAAUCAACCGCUGCUAAUAUAAGGUCGGGUGAUUUUGACUUUUAUAAACUUUACAAUGACCCUGAGGCGCAUAUAAGUCUUAAGGGGAGACGUACAACAAGUGAUCGUAUGGCCGCCCAUGGAUAUCCGGCGGAACAUCAUCAUAUCGUUACCGAGGAUGGAUAUAUCGUGGGAGUUUUUCGGAUACCAUACUCCCAUAAACUACAAAAUCAGAAUGAAUACCGUCCCAUUGUUCUUAUUCAGCAUGGCUUGACGAGCUGCUCGGAUGCCUGGGUAUUGAAUGGCCCGGACGAUGGCUUGCCUUAUUUACUGGCGGAUGCCGGGUACGAUGUUUGGCUUGGAAAUGCUCGCGGCAACACUUACUCUAGGAAUCACACGAGUCUGUCCACAGAACAUCCGUAUUUCUGGCGAUUCAGUUGGCACGAGAUUGGUCACUAUGAUAUAGCAGCCAUGAUAGAUUACGCCCUCAAAACAAAUGGACAAGGUCAGAAGGCAAUCCAUUACGUGGGUCACUCACAGGGAACUACAGUAUUUUUCACGUUGAUGUCCACACGUCCCGAAUACAAUGAGAAGAUCAAAACUGCUCAUAUGUAUGCUCCCAUUGCGAUAAUGACCAACUUGGAGAACGCAUUUGUGCGCGCUGUGGCUCCUUAUCUGGGUCAAAGAAAUGCAUAUUCUUUAUUGUUUUCCUGUCAAGAAUUUAUACCUAAUAAUAAUUUCUCGUUGGCGUUACUUUUUAAUUUCUGUGAGCCGGAUCAGAUGUUGCGACCAAGUUGCGAAAAGGUAAUGGAAAAUAUUUAUGCUAAAGACCGUAAGAACAAGACUGCCUUACCCGAGGGAUUAGCAACACAUCCAGGCGGUUGUUCAACCAAUCAGAUGAUACACUAUCUACAGGAACAACAGUCUGGACAUUUUCGGCAGUACGAUCAUGGAACAGCAAAGAAUCUGGAAAUCUAUGGUUCAGAAACACCACCCUACUACCCAGUUGAAGAAAUAACUUCUAAAGUUUACUUAUGGUAUGGACUCAAUGAUAAUCUUGCUGCGGUGGAAGACGUUCUCGCUUUGGCGGAUCGACUUCCCAAUAGAGAGUUGCGACUUAUUGAGGAUCCUCUAUGGGACCAUAUUGAUUUUGCAAUCAACAUGGAGGCUCGCAAAUAUUUAAAUGAUCCAGUUAUUGAGAUAAUGCAAGAGUUUGAGAAUGACAACAAUUAA